AUGGCUUGUAGUGAAAAAAGAGAUGAUGUGGGUUCACUUGAGAAUAUAAAACAAAAUGAUAAGAAUGAAGAGAACCUGAGGAAUUUUGAAAGUACCUUUAUAUAUGACUGGAAGAAGGCUCUGAAGAGAGUCGAAGAAGGAAGAAACUGUUGCGAAAAUUUAAGCAAGAUAUUUUCAGAAAUGAUAAGAAUAGAAAAAGAAUAUGAAAAUAAUUUAAAAAAUUUAUGUAAUAUGUUUCAAGUAUUUGAUAAUGAAUCAUCAGGUAUUAAUAAUGGAAUUAUUAGUUUAAGAAAGAAUAUCGAAAGAAGAUGUGAACAAAUAAAAGAUUUUAUAAAUUAUAUGGAAUGUGAAAUAUUAAAUAAUACAUUAAAUAGUACUUUAAUUAAUCAUAAGAAUGUUUUUGAUCAGAUUAAAGUUGAUGGUAUAGAAAAUGAAAAAAUUGUUGAAAGGACAAGAAAAGAAAGUGUUAAAAAUAUUGAGAAUUGUGUUUAUGCAUAUGAGAAUUUAAUAGAUUGUAUUAAUAUUUUUCAUAAUAGUAGAUAUUUCCAUCCUUUAAAAAGAAUUGAAUUAUCUACUAGUUGUAUUAAUAAAUAUUUAUUUGCAAAGAAAAAAGAAUAUGAAUAUAAAAAUACAAUUAAUAAUAUAAAUUCUGUAGAAUUAAAUAAAGAAAAAAGAUUAAAAAGUAUAUUAUAUUCAUUAGAAUCUAUGGAUCAUAAAAGAAUAUCAUGUGUUAAGGAUAAUAUUAUGAAAUAUUUAAUAUUCUUUACAUCAUAUAUAAGAAAUAUACAAUAUGAUAUAAAUUCUUGUAUUGAUGUUUUUAAAGAUAUCAAUGCAUAUAAAGAAAUUGAAGAAUAUUGUGCAUCACAUUCUAAUAUUAAUCGAAAAAAAGAAAAUGAAGACUUAAUUUUCUAUAAUAAUAUUGUUUCUUGGCCUAUGCUUAUAGAUUAUUUUAAUGACUUAUAUAAUAUUAAUAAAAAACAUCUAAAUCAAAAUAUUCCUUUGAAUGAUGAAAUGCAAGUGAAUUAUGCUAAUCAUAAUAAAAAGGGAUACACAAAUUUUAUAUCAUCCUUUUUUAAUGUUAAUAUGUAUAAAAAUCUGAUACAAAACAAUAAUAUUAAAAAUAGUCACAAUUUUAAUAAUAUAUAUACGAAUAUAUUUAACGAGAUAGUGUUUUUUAAUAAAAAGGAGGAUGAAAAGGAAGAUGAAGAAGAAGAGGAGGACGAGGAAGAUGAUGAGGAUGGCGACGAUGAAGAUGAUGAGGAUGGCGACGAUGAAGAUGACGAGGACGACGAUGAAGAUGUUAUAAAUGACGAAGUUGUAGAUGACGAGAUUGAAGAUGAAUAUGUUAUAAAUGACGAAGUUGUAGAUGACGAGAUUGAAGAUGAGGAUGGCGUUGAUGAAGAUGUUAUAAAUGACAAAGUUGCAGAUGACGGUAAUGCGAUAGAGGAAAAAAAAAACAUUGUUAAUUUAAAUGAGGAUGACCAUAAAAAAGAAAAUGAUAAAAAUGUAAUUGAUAUUUCACGUAGGGUAGAUUUUUUUGAAAAUGAUGAUAAUGUGAAUAUAAAAGAUUCAGAUAAUAUAAAAAAGGGGGAAGAAAAGGAUUUAGUUUAUAGUAAGAAUAAAGAGCAGGGAACUGACAAUUUUGAUAAGGAAAAUAAAAGUAAAAAACAAAACAACAAACAUAAUCACCAAAAUAACAAUAAUAAUAAUGAAAAGUUAUUUAUCUCCAGUGAGAAAAGCGAAAGUGAUAUAGAAUCAGAUUAUAGUUAUAAAUAUAUAAAAAAUAUUUAUGAAAAAUUUGAAUGUAUUACUGAAAAUAGUGGUGAUACGAAUGAGAAUGGUUGUGUAGUUGUUUCAGCUAAUAUAAAUAAUAAUGUGAAAAGAAUGAAAAUAUUUUUUCGUUAUUAUAUUAAAAAUUUAUUUUUUGGAAAUUUUGAUAAAAUAUCAGAUUUUAAUAUAACUAGCCAUUUUAAUAUUUAUAGAAAUCGAUUUUUAUUUUGUGAGUGUUUAAUUGAUUUUAUUAAAAAGAAGAGAGUUUUUUUUGUUAAUGUUAAAAGUAUUGUUAUAUUUGCAAAAAUUAUUUUAAUAUUAUUAGAUUAUUGUAAUUUGCAUUUAGAUUAUUGGUCUUGUAUUUAUAUUUUGGUUGCUUCUGAAAAUUUUUUUUGUGAAUUAGAAGUGGAUGACAUAAAUAUGUUGUUGUCUAAAUAUCCUUUUAAUGAAAAAGUAAAAGAGACUAACCAAAAAAAAAAAAAAAAAAUAUUAAAUAAUAAUAUUAUGUAUAAUGUAAAUGGGAAUAUAAAGAAAAAUAUAAAUAUUCAUAAAAUGAAUGAAAACAAUUCUAUAAAAAAGGACAUUAUUAUGUAUGAUGAGUGUAAAAAGAAUAACAAAAAAAAAGAUACAUUUUCAUCAUCCUCCUUUUUAAUAUGUGAUUCGAGUGAAAAUUUAAAGAACAACAAAAUGGAUCAUCAGAUUGAUAUGGAGAAUUUAGAAGAUGAUAAUAAGGAGGUUUCUAGAGAUAAUAGUAAAAGUAUUGUAAAUAUAUAUGAAUGUAAUAAAAAUGGUUCUAAAGAAUUAAAUGAUACGGUUAGUAUGUGUAUUAAUAACAACUUGGAAGAAAAUGAAGAUAUAGAAACUGAUCAUAAUAAAGUAAACAAUAAACAGAAUGAAGAAGAAGUGAAUGAAACAAAUUAUAGUAGCCACCUCAAUAAUAAUAAUAAUAAUAAUAAUAAUUUUGUUGAAAAGGACGAGAAUAUUUCUAGUAAGAAAAAAAAAAUUCUUCUAGGUAAAUUUUUAUAUACACACAAUAUAUGGAAUAAUAUAAAAUUUUGGGAAGUGAGUAUCUUAAUUAUUAUAUCAGAAAUAAUACAAGAAAUGGUUUUAUUAGAAAAACUAAGAUAUGAAAAUAAAGAAUUGUUAAUUAAAAAUUAUUUUUUCUUUUUUAAAUAUUUCAAUUUUUAUAAUAGUAUGAUAAAUUUCGGUUUAUCUAUUUGUCAAAUUGAACUGUUAUUAAAUAAAAUUUUUCAUUCAUUCAAUUUAAAAAAUGAUCCAGUAUCUAGGAAAUUUUUUUUCCAAGUUAUAGAUAUAGCUACCAAUAAAAAUAUUACUUUGAAUUAUAUUAAAAUGGAUAAUAAAAAUAUAAAUAAUGAAUAUAAAAAGUACUAUCUGCAAUAUUAUAACAAUUUCUUAAAUGACGAUAAUAAUAAAAAUAAUGUAAAAAAGAAAUAA